CUAAAAAAUUGAAAAUUGCUUGUGCACUGUGUGAAUUAUUAUUGUGAAUAAGUGUUUAAUUAUUAGAAUAUAUAUUAUUUAUAAUUUUAAAAAAUGGCAGCAGUAUUUCGUGUUAAACGUAGAAAUGAAGAUGAGCCGAUAGACGCUCUUUUAGUUGCAUGUAAAAAGCGAAAAAUCAGUUCUGAUGCGACAAACGAAGAAACCGCUUCUAUUUCAACAGUUGUUAAAUUUGUAGGAACUGUCAAAGAUCCGGAUCAAAAUGUGCUGGACCACAUUACGAAAAAAUUAACAAAAGAAGAAUUAAAAACAAAUUACAAGCAACACGUUGUCAAUGUCGCCGAUAAAAUUCGCAAAGAAACAAGAGAAUCGUCUGCAGAAAAUAGAUUUAAAGUUAUUAAUCGUUUUCGAUCAUUGAAUAAUUCUAAAACUGAAGACAGUGACGUUGAAGAGAUUACUGUUAUUGAUGUUGAGGAUACAAAUUCAUGUAAAGAGAAAGUGGAAAAUCCUGACAACAAAGAUAACUAUGUGUACGAUUUAUAUUAUACAGUUGAUGAGGUAGACGAAAAUUCUAUUGAUUACAUAGAGAAAUUCAAUGAUCAAUUAGUGUUUGAUGCAUACAGAGAAAAUGGUGUAUACGAAUCUGAUAAUGAUUCUGAAGAUUCUAAUGAUGAGGGACAUUGGAGAAAUGAUUAUCCAGAUUCAGAUCAUUCAGAAAAUUCAAUUGCCGAAGAUGAUAUGAAAUGUGCAGUCGAUAGACUUAAAAUUGAAGAUGAAGAAUCAGAUUUGUCAAGUGAUGACGAAGAUUUUGCUUAUGGUCUCGAUAAACACGAUGAAGAUUAUUUUGGCACAAAAUAUGCAAGAUUUAAGGCACGCGUCAAAUAUGCACUUGAUGAUGAAGAUGACGAUGACGACGAUGAUGAUGAUGAUGAUGGUGAUUAUGUUUUAGAUUCCAGUAAAAGUGAUUCUGAUUAAUGGAAACUUUUUUCUUAUGUUAAAUGUUUACUUUAUAUGUUUAAAAUUUUUUCGAUAUUUGUAAAUAAUUGAAAAGAAAAAGAGAGUAAAACUUUCUUAGUCGAUUUAACCAGUUAAGGUUUGAAAUUAUAUUUAUAAAAUAUUACAGAGUAAUUAAUUAUAGAUUAUAUCUUUAAAAUAGCAAUAAAAUAAAUUAUUUUUAUGUUUAAAAAUUGAAAAA